GCGGCUCGGACACGAUAGACCAUCGAGAGACAUGAGACGGUCUGGCCGUCUUCGCUCUCUUCCGAGUGGACUUCUCGUGGGACGGCAAAGAUGUGCUACACUUGUUGAAUUAUGCACUACGUUUCUACUCUCUUCCUCUACCGAUUGAUCUCUCCUCUUCUCCCUUUCCCCUUCUUCUCUUCCCCCUCUCCCCCUCCCCUCUCCUCCCUAUUGGGUUCACGAUUCCUCUUCGUGAUAUCCAUCAAACUCCCCUGGUCUUGAACGUUCCCUUCCCCUGUCGAAAUUGGGCAGCCUUUUUGGGAGGACAGCCGGUUUCUGGAAAUCUUGACACCAAUCGGACCGAAUCAGCCAUAGAUCUUCCCCUCGGGAGCUCAAACUCUGGAACACUCCCGCGCAUCGACACCACUACGCGACUUCAGCAACCAUAUCCCCCCCCCCCCUCAAUACCACAAUCCCUCGUCCCUUCCGCGUCCUAAACCGUUCUGCGAAUCGACGUCGCACUUACCACGUUACGGACUCGGCACUCAGGUCUCGGAGGAUAAUAUAGCCCAAUUGGUAAUCGGGCGGCGCGGAACCUUUCACGGAACGUGGCAGGUCUUGGGUGUGGGGAACGAACCGACCAGAGCUUGCACCGAUAGGCCAUUGGAUACGGCCGCUCACAUUUGUCGCGGGGGUCAUUCAAACGGUGAACAAGCGUCUUUGGAUAUCAGGGCAUUGGAAAUUCGUCUAUCGUAUCCCUCAACCCUGAAUCAUGGGCUGUAUCAAUUCCAAACCCGCCGAGGCGGACAAGGACGCUCUGUCGCGUAAUGCUCGGAUCGAACGAACCAUCAAGAAUGACAAGAAGACAAUGGACCGGACAAUCAAGAUUCUGCUGCUAGGUGCGGGAGAGUCUGGCAAGUCCACCAUUAUCAAGCAAAUGCGGAUUAUUCAUAGCGGAGGUUUCCCGGAGGAAGAGCGUCACCAAACGCGAGCGGUCAUCUACUCGAACGUCGUCAUUGCCUUCAAGGUCUUGAUGGAUAUCAUGAACUCCGAAGGCAUAGAUUUUGAGAAUGAAACUACAAAGAAAUCUGCGGACCUGCUAGAAGGUACAGAACCGGACGUAGGAUCCGACGAGGCCUUCUCCGACCUCACAGUCCGCGAUGCGAUGAGGGAAAUGUGGAAAGACGCAGGUGUUCAAAAGGCCGUUGCUCGAGGCCACGAAUUCGCCCUUCAUGAUAAUCUGUAUUACUUUUACGACUCCCUGGACCGCAUUUUCACCCCCAACUGGCUUCCCGACAAUCAAGACAUGCUUCAAGCUCGACUUCGGACAACGGGUAUCACGGAAACAUUAUUUGAAUUGGGUCAGAUGAAUUUCCGCAUGAUGGAUGUUGGAGGCCAGCGCUCAGAACGAAAGAAGUGGAUUCAUUGCUUUGAGGGAGUGCAGUGUCUGCUGUUCAUGGUCGCUUUGUCUGGAUACGACCAGUGCCUAGUCGAAGACCAGAACGCGAAUCAAAUGCACGAAGCCAUGAUGCUGUUCGAGUCGCUCGUCAAUGGCGAGUGGUUCAAGCGCAAGCCCAUCAUUCUUUUCUUGAACAAGAUGGAUCUGUUCAAGGGCAAACUCGAAAUUUCCUCCAUCUCGAAACACUUCCCCGACUACACCGGUUCCAACACCGACUUUGACGCUGCUGUACGAUACUUUUCCGACCGAUUCCGCGGUAUCAAUCGCAUUCCUGACCGUGAGAUCUACAUCCACCGAACGAAUGCCACCGACACUACCCUACUCAAGGCCACCAUGGAUUCAGUACAGGACAUGAUUAUCCAGAAGAACCUGCAUACCUUAAUACUAUAAGGCAGCGGCAUUUUUAAAAUAGUACCGGUGGCCUUUGUUAUGAACGUCAUUGUUGCCACGAAGUUGAUUUUCGUUUCUUGUCGAGCUCUCUAGCCCUACCUGUUUUUCCCCCUGUGUUGCAUGUCUCGGCGGCUCCAUUUCUUUCUCUUUUUUGCAACCCGACAUGCCUUCCCUCCUUGUUCUAUUUUCCCUCCUCUACUCCUUUCUUUCCUCUUCCUUUUCUCCCUUCUACAACUUUCCUACUCCUAUCCUUUCCCAGGCGUCAUUUAGAGGACUCGUCGGCUCUCUGCCGCAAUCCUUGGGUCGGUUACGUUGCAUACAAAAGCCCGAUCGAUUUCGCUACCUACUACUAUGCUUCGGUUUCAGCGACGGUGUCUGUUUUCUUUUCCUUCUUUUUCUUCCAAUUUCGCACUCUGCCACUUCGCUUCCAUUUUUUUCUCUUUUGAUCAUGCAGGAUGAUACCACUUGUUUUGUCCCUGCAGAUGUGUUACACUGACGACUGUGCCUCUGUAUCAUCACAAUUUCCUUGAUUCAUAAUCUCAUCUCGAAUGUAGUAAGACUACUGCUCUUCUCGAACCUACUCCCGUAAUUCAGCCACCUAAUUUAAGCACAU